CUGUUGGUACUCUUCGCUUCACUGACUGCCUCUGUUCGACCCACCUCUCUCUCCCUCACCGUCUCCAUCCAUCCUUUCUUUCUUCCUUCCUUCCUUCCUUCCUUUCCCCCCCACCCUCACUGUUUAACUGAUGCACGUCCAAGUGGUGGUGCCGGCAGUAGAAUAACGGCUGUCCGCCUUACUGCGUGCAUGCGCUGUAUUCUGUAGUUUGUGCUUCUCUCUCCGGCUCUGCUGCGAGUGUAUGUUAAUCAAGUAGAGGAGGAAGUAGUAAUGAUUUAUUCUAAUCACAUCACAAUGCUCCAGUUGGUAAAGUUGUAGAAGUGGUUUACGUCUUGUUGAAACUAUUUCUCUUCAAAUUUACUGCUUCUCGGCCACCUAGCAAGUGUGAGUGUACGUAGCUUGUAAGUAAAUAGUACCGUAGUUCGAGAACUUCAUUCAGUGAGCUGCGGAAACUUGCUUGUAAGUAAGCUGGCCAACUCGGUAGAAAACAGUCGGUAGUAGUAGUAGCAGCGGUGGUGCUAGUAGUAGUAAUAGUAGUAAUCUUCUCAACUGCCCGCCCUGUGCAGCAUGGCUGCAGGUUUUCGGGCUACGAUUCCAGCCAAUGCUUGUAGCAGGACGAAUUACUCUCGGACAGCUGGCAUACUACGCGCUAUUAUAUUUAAUUUAGCCACUAACGACGGAUUUAUAACUUGCAGUCGCUAAACCAAGCCGCCUGAUCACAUUAGUCAAAUCAGUGCAAAGCAGCGGAACUAACACCACAAAGCGCUGGUUAGCUUAUUGUUUGUUUGUUUUUUUCAAUAUACAUACAUACAUACAUAUAUAUAUAGAUAUAUAUAUUUAUAUAUAUGGUAUGUAAUGAAUAUUCAUGUAUUCUGAAACCUACAUCAUACAAGACUUACCUGAACAGGAGUUAGGCCCAACGUGUUGAAAAAUGCGAAAACGCAGUAAUUUCGAUAAACUGAAAAUGGUCCACAGCUCAUGUUGGAUAUUUCUCAAUCAUCUCCAAUGGCUGGUUCCUUUGGAUUGUUACAUAACUAAUACACCUGAACUGAAUGGUUACUUAUGAUAAUAUUGUUCUUGUGACUAGGGGUCAUCCUCCUGUGAAAUGGAUUUACCAGGUUCUAGUGCCUUUCACAAAAGUUUCCUGAACACCUCCAUGAUUUCAGAUGAUAGUCCAACUGUCCAGAAGCGAGUCUCAUAUGGUGGUGAAUCCUUUCCUUAUGGAAUCAGUGGUGUUGCUAUGCCCGAUUAUGGCUAUAGUGGCAGUGUUUAUAAUUAUUCAAGAAAGAGUUUUCCCCGAAAAUCACGGGUAUGUUGUUACUGUGGAAAAUCUUUCACCAGGUCGACAACGAGACGCUAUCACGAAAAGCGAUGUCCACUUCUACGUGCUGCUGGUAGUUUAGUGGAACAGAAUGAACAACCUGUUGAUAAUGGAGCAACUGCUUCAACCGAUCACAAGUUUUAUGCAAUUGGAUCACAAAGCCCAGCGUCACUCACCAAUUCAAUUAGCCCGGCUUCUGAUUCUUGUCGUGCUGGAGUUGAAGAUGAACUUUCAAAGCAGCCUGUCACAAAUCGAAGACGGUCAUUUGACCAGGCCAAUUUGGAAAGUGUCUUUGUUAAACAAGAACCUUCUGAGUUUCUCAAUAUGUAUGUUAGGACUUCAACACCACGGACAGGUUCAUCUGAAAAUAACCCAUAUGUAAAUUCUGACAGUAAUAAACAGGAAUCUUCAAAGCCAUUGGUAAACUUUCCGUCCCAAUCCAGUAGCAGUAACAAAGAUGUAAAUGGUGAAUCUGUCAUUACAUCUACACCUAGGUAUGAUCAGGCAGGAAAUGUUGAAUCACACUCCAAUUUGGAGAGUGAUUCUCUUAGAACGAUUAGAAUUGAGAAAACAGAGACAGAUGUCCCAAAAAAUGAUGGUUCAGAAACCAGUAUAUACAAAAACCAUUCUUCAACACAUUUGGACCAAAUGUUGCAAGGUAAUGCAACCUCUUUGUCAGCUCGUCCUCAUAAAUCUUCACGUUUACAACAGUCAACUCAGGGAGCUUCCCAUUCAUCAGCUUUUAGAAUUGAGCGAAGAGUAUCUAAAAUGAUAAACAAACAUCGAUGCGGCUUGUGUGGCAAGCUGUUUGAUACCCAGAAACAGCUUCAAAUGCAUGAGCAAUUACAUACUAAAUUUAGGCCAUAUACUUGCCGCUUCUGUGGUCAGCGAUUUACGAAAUCAGCAAUGAGAAUCCGUCAUGAACGUUCUCAUCUUGGGGAAAAGCCAUUUAUGUGUAUUGCGUGUGGGUCCUCAUUUACUCGAAACUAUAGCCUGAAACUGCAUGAGCAGCGCCGGCAUUCUCGAGGUCCUUGUAUCUGUACAGAUUGUGGAAAGGUGUGUGAGUCUUUAAGCAGUCUCAAAUUCCACACUCAGAAACAUGAAUCUUUUGAUGCUUUUGCUGCUAAAGACAACAACAACAGCACCCAAAUGGAACCUACAGCAACUGGCAUAACCAGCUUUUCUUCAACUACACCCAAAGCUGCAGAACAGCAGGAUAAUCCGGAAUCACUUAAAAAGGAGGCUGAUCCACCAAGUGAUUCUGGAUCUGCCAGCCAAACUAGCAACAACAAACUGCCAGAUGACAGUGGUAAGACUACUGUAGCACCAAAUACAGGAGAGGAAGAUGAUGCUAAAGCUAAGGUGAAAUGCAAUGAUUGUGGUAAGGAGUUCACACGACCUUACUUGCUCAAAUACCAUAUAAAGGUACAUGCUGGCUUAAAACCAUUUGAGUGUCCGAUCUGUGGGAAAAGAUUUGGAUAUAAAAAUAACAUGAAAUCUCAUCUGAAACUUCAUGCUGGAAUUAAACCAUAUCAGUGCUGUGUCUGUGAUGCAAAAUUUACUCGAGGGUCUACGCUUCGAAGGCAUGCUCGUAAGCAUGGCAUCAUGGCUACAUCAAUAUGGGACCUGUUUUCAAACUCUGGAAUAUCACAGUCACAAGCGUUCAGUGCCAGUAAUCUAGCCAAAAAAGUGGCUGCUGCUGCUGCUUCAUCCCUACACUCUAGUAAAACGAACUAUGCUUCUCAAAUAGGGGUCAUUCCAGAUAGUUCUGACCCAAACCGUCAGAACUAUGAUUCACAUUCAGCCGAAUCCGCCAUACCUCAAUCUAUAGCCAACGGCAGUAUAUACCUAAACUACAAACACUCAGCAACUCAACAUACAUACCAUUCACCUUUAGCUACCUCAGCAGUCAUCCAACCCACUUCUUCCGUUACCUCAUACUCCCCAAACUCUCCUCCACUCACUGCCCUCAAUCUCAGCAUAAAAAACAAACCUGAUGUGCAGUAUCAAAGCUCAGACGUGCUGAGGACAUCCUGGAACCUGCAGCGGCCUACCUCUUCAUCUACAAGCAUAUCUUCCACUUUGGAAAGCAAAAUGUCCACUCCAUUACUUUUACAAAUAAACAACAGUGAACUACUGCCAACCAAGCAUUCUGCUUAUAAGGUCUCUCAACCCAAAGCUGAAUAUCGUGAUUUCGAAGCUCAAACUAAUUUGUGUGAUUGUAGCCGUACAAUUGAAGAUAACGUCCAGGCCAACAUGUAUGGCGCUCACUUGCCAGCAUCCCGUUUGAUUAAACAGGAGAGCAGCUUACGUUAUAGUCCAGUUACAGUGUCAAAUGGGACAUCACCGGUGAAAUUUGACAAAAUAGGAAGCUCGUUCAAUGGAGAAACAGUUUCUUCUUUGCUCACAACUGGACGUAUGUUUGUCUGUGAAUACUGUGAAUGCUACUUCAAGGAAUAUGCCAUGUAUCGCAUCCAUCAAAAGCUGCAUGUUAAAGAUGAGAGCCGGCCCUAUCUUUGUCCAGUCUGUAACGAAGACUGUCAUGAUAGGAUAUACUUUAGUUUGCAUAUUUCAGAACAUUUAAAGUAGGAAGGCUAGCUCUUAAGUUUUUAUUUUGAUGCAUGCUAUUGCAAUAAUGUUGGCACAUCCUACCUCGACACAUUUUUCGUCUAUUCUAGAUGAAGCAUAGAAUAAGAAAAAUGGAAAGAAAAUAAUUUUUUUUUUUAGUUUUUUUUUUUUUUGUUUAUACAUAUAUAUAUUUUUUAAUCUAACAUAUUAGUUUGUGUAUGUUUGUGUGCAUGUAUAUAUAUAUAUAUGUGCGUGUGUGUUUGCAUAUAAACAUAGACACACUCAUAUAUCCAUGCAUGCACAUACAGUCAUACAUAUACAUAAACAUUUUUUCAUCAUAAUUUUGCUAAAACAUGUUAAGCAAGUUGGGGGACUAUUUUGGCUUAAUUAGAAAGCUGAUAACUAAUUACAAAUUUUUGGCUAAGGUUUUAUGAAAAAUGUCAUUAUUCAUUUUGUAUUAUAUAAUCCAGUUGCUAUAUAUAUAUAUAAAUAUAUAUAUAUAAAAGAGAUCUUUCCUUCUUCACUCUUCACAUGCAUCGACAUCUCUCUUUCACUGUUUUGACUAUUUCUCUGCAAUCUGCACAGCUGUGAUCGACAUCUUUGAUUAUCAGAUCUUUCACUAGGACAGAUCUCAGAAAUUGGUCACUGUAGCUUGACUUUAUUUAGUUAAGGCAGAAAGGAUUCAGGGAUAAUUUGUCUGCAAACAUAUUGGUUCCCUCCCCUUAUUAUUUUUUUUACAACCCCCCUCCCCCUUUUUAUAUUUU